CUAAGAUCAACGCGUGGUUCGUGACUAGUAGAACAAAGUGGACUAGGAAUAGAAGUGAAAUUCAGUAAAGAUGGUGAGAAACGUGACCGAACGUUUCUAACGAUUAAGCGUCUAAAUUAGCAGUGAAUAAUCGUUCGCGUCGUGGUCAAUAUGUAAGUGAGGAUUCAUGAGUUUGCAGUCGAUAUUAAUAAACACGGGUCAAUUUGGAAAGCGGUACAAAAGUCUGCAGAAACGAAGGUACGGCAGGAUGCUUUGUUUAUGGAGAUCAGCUGUGUUACCAAACAUUCCUAUCGCUUUCGCUGCAGCGUCUACGACGCUUCUAUUUUCGUCGAAUAAAGAUGCUUGUGGAGCAACCGUUGACCGGUAGUUAAUUAUUCUUAAUGACAUGUGAGAAUGAAACGAGAAACUGUCAUUACCUGUGUAGAGCCAAACCGACGAGCAAAAACGAUGACGACGGUCUUGGAUGGCAGCUACCAACGUAUGGAGCCAUACAACGGGGAAGAAGAGGACGAAGAGGACGAUGACGGGGAAGUACCUCAGGAAUCUGGUUUUAUAAUACACGUGGUACCAGAAGGGAAUAAGGCUAGAUGGAAUCACAUUGAGGAUCUAGAUUCGUUUUUUACAAGGAUGUACCACUACCACCAGAAACAUGGUUUCGCUUGCAUGAUACUCCAAGAAGUGCUUGAAUUAGGACAAUACAUUUUUGUAGUGGCUUUCUCGACUUUUCUCUUUCAUUGCAUCGAUUACUCCGUAUUAUUUAAGAACAAGCCUCAACCGUUGCACAACAAAACGUCGAUAAGCGACGUGAUUCUCUCAUCGAGCGAAUGCUUGGCAUCCAUGGGUCUGGUUACUUGGAUCUGUAUUUUAGUAGCCGCAAUCUUUUGGAUUUUACGAUUAGUAAAAGUUUUGUAUCAUUGCACGCAGUUUUGGGACAUAAAGCUGUUCUUUAAUACCGCGUUGAAAAUCGAAGACUGCGAUUUGGACAAUCUCACCUGGCACGAGGUACAAAAGCGAGUCAGAGAAGUUCAAAAAGAACAGGAGAUGUGCAUUCACAAACGAGAGCUUACGGAAUUAGAUAUAUACCAUAGAAUAUUAAGAUUUAAGAAUUACAUGGUGGCUAUGAUCAACAAAUCUCUGUUACCUGUCCGAUUAAAAAUCCCUGUUAUAGGAGAGAUAAUUUUCAUGACAAGAGGAUUGAAAUAUAACAUGGAGCUAUUACUGUUCUGGGGGCCUUGGUCUCCGUUUGAAAAUAAUUGGCAUCUCAAAGAGGACUACAAAAAAUUAAACAAAAGGCAGGAGCUUGCAAGAGCCCUGUCCAAGCAUAUUUUAUGGGUUGGAAUAAUCAUCAAGCGGGAACCAGGAACCUUAGGUACGAGAAUGUGGUCUCUGUACGGUCGAUUGUAUCUUCGUCAUUUCAACGAACUAGAUCACGAAUUGAAUGCCCGUUUAAAUCGCGCGUACCGUCCAGCUUCGAAAUACAUGAGCAUAUUUACAUCGCCCAUUAUGACUGUUAUCGCGAAGAACGUUACUUUCGUCGCUGGAAGUAUAUUGGCAGUUUUAUUAAUAUUAACCAUAUACGACGAGGAUGUGCUCACGGUGGAGCACGUGUUGACCACCAUGACUAUAUUAGGCGCGGUAGUAGCGGGGACCAGGGCGUUUAUCCCCGACGAAAAUUUAGUUUGGUGUCCAGAGACCUUAUUGACCGCUGUCUUAGCGCAUACACAUUACAGACCGGACAGUUGGCGAGGUCACGCUCACACUCAAACCACAAGAGCGGAAGUGGCGCAACUGUUUCAAUAUAGGGCAGUCCACCUCUUAGAAGAAUUAAUGUCCCCCUUGCUUACACCGUUUAUUCUAUGCUUUCGCAUGAGACAACGAGCUUUAGAUAUCGUAGACUUCUAUCGGAAUUUCACAAUCGAGGUGACAGGCGUCGGCGAUGUUUGCAGUUUCGCACAAAUGGACGUGCGAAAACAUGGAAAUCCAACGUGGCAAACGGUUGGGACUCGCAGUCCCAUCGCUGACCGGGCUGCCAAGUUCAAUCCGAACCAGUACAUCACGGAUCCGGAGAAGGCUCAGAUGCCUGUCUCGGAUCAGUACACGCAAGCGGAAGACGGGAAAACCGAGUUGUCCCUCAUUCAUUUCACCUUAACGAACCCCGAGUGGAAACCGCCGAGCCACGCUGAGAAUUUUGUCGCAGCUUUGAGAGAAAGGGUGAGGAAGGAAGUGCAAGGUGGCAUACACGGUGAGAUCAAUCCCCUUUUGGCAAGCCUGAGCAGUCUGUCUAGCCUGGGACCUGGCUACAACGACAUAGUGUCGAAUAUAAUUCGAAGCACAAUGGUGAAUCAACCAGGUGGACCAACCACGAGUAACUUCGUGAACCAGCAGCCUUGUACAUCGACUGUCUCAGCCGCUGGGGACGAAUUGUUGAACAUGAAGUCAGAUAUGCCUCAUGCCGUUCAACGUGGUUUGAACAAAGCCGAAGGGCCUGUACACAAUGAAAAAGGAUUCCUAUAUGGUCUGCAACAAGGAAUAUCUAAUCAGUCUCUAGGCGCUUCUGUGUUUGUGUCCAGUCACGAGUUUUCUACCGAUCUGUCUGUACCGGUGGAAUUGAUCGCUGCUGACAUGUCUCUUUCUACGUUGUACCUGCACGAACUUCAUCACAGACAAGUUCGAAGAAGGGGCUAUCAAGAAUUGCUUAAAAGCAUAUGGCAACGAAGCCCUGUCCAAGAACUUGCCACGCUUCCUGAAGUUAGACAAGAAAGAGCGCCGUUGCUCUUACAUCAGGAUUCUUCUAGAAGAAACAAUAGGGAAUUUAAAUACGAGAUAAACACUCAUUUAGAUAGCAUCUAAACCAUAUUCGCGCAGUGAUAUAUCACCACCAUCAACCAAGAAUAAAAUAUUUUCAUUCGCUUCGCGAUGCAAUGCCCUCGUGAUUUAUUUUAUAGCAAGAGAAUUAUAGCUAGAACGUUUAAGAAUCUGUGUUAUCGAUGUAAAUACAGUAUCGAAAUAUUCCUUGACUAGAAAGUGAAACGAUCUCGAAUGCCUAUUUUAACCUUAUACGAAGGCCUACGCGUGUGUGCAUUUCGUGCAUCAAAUUACGAACCGAACGCUUCCCGAAAUUCUGCUAGGUUGAUUGACUUGUUGUUUCUACAAUAUGAUGGCACGUGUAACAAACAGGGGUUCGUCCCCUCAUCGAAAUUCUUUUCGUCGAGAAAGAAUUCGUUACUCGUCUACGUAUACAACGGACAAGAGAAACUGUACACUUUCUUCUUCUUUUUUUCUCUCUGUCUCUCUCU